CAAUCCGCGCCACCUUUUCCCUCGGUCCGCGCGGGGCCCAGCUGACGGGCCGCGUUGUUUACGGUCCAGAGCCGAGUCCUCGCUCCCGCCGCCGCCGCCGCCUCCGCCGCCACCAGCCCAGGUGCCCACCGGUUCGCGCGUCCCUCUGUCUCAGACUCCACAGAACGCGACCCACCCAGAGCGGCACUGGGCAGAAAAACAGGAGGCCUGGGAAGGGGGCGCACAGCCGUGAGCCCUAGACCUUGCGAUUGCAGGCUCGGGACUGGGCCUGGGUGACCCGGGGCCGUAGUCUGCGGGCCCCGCCACCGCGUUGGUUGAAGCCGAGGCCACUGCAUUCUUCCCGGGACUGCCCCCCAGGUCCCUCUCGGUUGGAGAGCUGCGGCCCGCGAGCCACCGGCGUAGAAGAGAAGCACGCGCGGCCCCUAGUGCCUCUCCGGCGACCUCCUCGCGGGCUAUGUCCCUAGCGGGCCGGCGUGGUGUUCUUUGAUCGCCGGGGUCCCUGCGCUCCUACAGCUAUGGGCUCCGGGAGACGACGGGAGACGACGGCCGCGCCGUUGCUGGUGGCUGUGGCCGCGUUGCUGGUGGGCGCAGCCGGCCACCUGUACCCCGGAGAGGUAUGCCCUGGCAUGGACAUCCGGAACAACUUGACCAGGCUGCAUGAGCUGGAGAACUGCUCUGUUAUUGAGGGCCAUCUGCAGAUCCUCCUGAUGUUCAAAACCAGGCCUGAAGACUUCCGAGACCUCAGUUUCCCCAAACUCAUCAUGAUCACAGACUACCUGCUUCUUUUCCGAGUCUAUGGCCUGGAGAGUCUGAAAGACCUCUUCCCCAACCUUACAGUCAUCCGAGGCUCCCGCCUUUUCUUCAACUAUGCCCUGGUCAUCUUUGAGAUGGUUCACCUGAAGGAGCUGGGGCUUUACAACCUCAUGAACAUCACCCGGGGCUCUGUCCGCAUUGAGAAGAAUAACGAGCUCUGCUACCUGGCCACCAUUGACUGGUCCCGGAUCCUGGAUUCUGUGGAGGACAACUACAUCGUGCUGAACAAAGAUGACAAUGAGGAAUGUGGGGAUGUCUGUCCAGGCACCGCCAAGGGCAAGACCAAUUGCCCUGCCACCGUCAUCAAUGGGCAGUUUGUGGAACGGUGCUGGACACAUAGUCAUUGUCAGAAAGUUUGCCCGACCAUCUGUAAGUCACAUGGUUGCACAGCUGAAGGCCUGUGCUGCCACAAGGAGUGCCUAGGCAACUGUUCGGAACCGGACGACCCCACUAAGUGUGUGGCCUGCCGCAACUUCUACCUGGACGGUCGGUGUGUGGAGACCUGCCCGCCCCCCUACUACCACUUCCAGGAUUGGCGCUGUGUGAACUUCAGCUUCUGUCAAGACCUUCACUACAAAUGCAGGAACUCUAGGAAGCCUGGCUGUCACCAAUACGUCAUUCACAACAACAAGUGCAUCCCUGAGUGUCCUUCUGGCUAUACCAUGAAUUCCAGCAACUUGAUGUGCACCCCAUGUCUGGGACCCUGUCCUAAGGUCUGCCAGAUCCUGGAUGGCGAGAAGACCAUUGACUCUGUGACAUCUGCCCAGGAGCUCCGAGGCUGCACCGUGAUCAAUGGCAGCCUCAUCAUUAACAUCCGAGGGGGCAACAACCUGGCAGCUGAGCUGGAGGCUAACCUUGGCCUCAUUGAAGAAAUUUCAGGGUUCCUAAAAAUCCGGCGUUCCUAUGCUCUGGUAUCUCUUUCUUUCUUCCGGAAGCUCCAUCUGAUUCGAGGAGAGACCUUGGAAAUCGGGAACUACUCUUUCUACGCCUUGGACAACCAGAACCUCAGGCAGCUCUGGGACUGGAGCAAACACAACCUCACCAUCACUCAGGGCAAGCUCUUCUUCCACUACAACCCCAAACUCUGCUUGUCAGAAAUUCACAAGAUGGAAGAAGUUUCUGGAACUAAGGGCCGCCAGGAGAGGAACGACAUUGCCCUGAAGACCAAUGGCGACCAGGCAUCCUGUGAAAAUGAGUUACUUAAAUUUUCUUUCAUUCGGACAUCUUUUGACAAGAUCUUGCUGAGGUGGGAGCCCUACUGGCCCCCUGAUUUCCGAGACCUCCUGGGAUUCAUGCUCUUCUACAAAGAGGCCCCGUAUCAGAAUGUGACAGAGUUUGAUGGGCAGGAUGCUUGUGGCUCCAACAGCUGGACCGUGGUAGAUAUUGACCCACCCCAAAGGUCCAACGACCCCAAGUCUCAGACCCCAAGCCACCCUGGGUGGCUAAUGCGGGGUCUCAAGCCCUGGACUCAAUAUGCCAUCUUUGUCAAGACCUUGGUUACCUUCUCUGAUGAACGCCGGACCUACGGAGCCAAAAGUGACAUCAUCUAUGUGCAGACAGAUGCCACUAACCCUUCUGUCCCCUUGGACCCCAUAUCAGUUUCUAAUUCCUCAUCUCAGAUUAUUUUAAAGUGGAAGCCCCCCUCCGACCCCAAUGGCAACAUCACACACUACCUGGUCUACUGGGAGAGGCAGGCGGAGGACAGCGAGCUGUUUGAGUUGGAUUAUUGUCUCAAAGGGCUGAAGCUCCCCUCACGGACCUGGUCCCCACCUUUUGAAUCGGAUGAUUCUCAGAAGCAUAAUCAGAGCGAGUAUGACGAGUCGUCCAGUGAAUGCUGCUCAUGCCCCAAGACUGACUCUCAGAUCCUCAAGGAGCUGGAGGAAUCCUCAUUCAGGAAGACCUUUGAGGAUUACCUGCAUAACGUGGUGUUUGUCCCCAGGCCAUCCCGAAAACGAAGAUCCCUUGACGAGGUGGGGAAUGUGACAGCCACCAUGCCCACACUUCCAGAUUUUCCCAACAUCUCUUCCACCGUUGUGCCCACGAGUCAGGAAGAGCACAGGCCAUUUGAGAAAGUGGUGAACAAGGAAUCACUUGUCAUCUCUGGCCUGAGACACUUCACUGGCUACCGCAUUGAGCUGCAGGCCUGCAACCAAGACUCCCCAGAUGAGAGGUGCAGUGUGGCUGCCUACGUCAGUGCCCGAACCAUGCCUGAAGCUAAGGCAGAUGACAUCGUUGGCCCUGUGACCCAUGAAAUCUUUGAGAACAAUGUUGUACACUUAAUGUGGCAAGAGCCAAAGGAGCCCAAUGGUCUGAUUGUGCUGUAUGAAGUGAGCUACCGGCGCUAUGGUGAUGAGGAGCUGCACCUCUGUGUCUCCCGGAAGCAUUUUGCCCUGGAGCGGGGCUGUAGACUUCGAGGGCUCUCCCCAGGAAACUACAGUGUUCGAGUCCGGGCUACCUCCCUGGCAGGCAAUGGCUCCUGGACAGAACCCACCUAUUUUUAUGUGACCGAUUAUUUAGAUGUCCCAUCAAAUAUUGCCAAAAUUAUCAUCGGGCCUCUCAUCUUUGUCUUCCUCUUCAGUGUUGUGAUUGGAAGUAUUUAUCUGUUCCUGAGAAAGAGGCAGCCGGAUGGACCAAUGGGACCAUUGUAUGCAUCUUCAAACCCUGAGUACCUCAGUGCCAGUGAUGUGUUUCCUUCUUCUGUGUACGUGCCGGAUGAGUGGGAGGUGCCUCGAGAGAAGAUCACCCUCCUACGAGAGCUGGGCCAGGGAUCCUUUGGUAUGGUGUAUGAAGGCAAUGCCAAGGAUAUCAUCAAGGGUGAGGCAGAGACACGAGUUGCAGUGAAGACUGUCAAUGAGUCAGCCAGUCUCCGAGAACGAAUUGAGUUCCUCAACGAGGCAUCGGUCAUGAAGGGAUUCACCUGCCAUCAUGUGGUCCGCCUCCUUGGGGUAGUGUCCAAGGGCCAGCCAACAUUGGUGGUGAUGGAAUUGAUGGCUCAUGGAGACCUGAAGAGUCACCUCCGUUCUCUGCGACCGGAUGCUGAGAAUAACCCGGGCCGUCCUCCCCCUACCUUGCAAGAAAUGAUUCAGAUGACAGCAGAAAUUGCCGAUGGCAUGGCAUACUUGAAUGCCAAGAAGUUUGUGCACCGGGACCUGGCAGCUCGAAAUUGCAUGGUUGCUCAUGACUUUACCGUCAAAAUUGGAGGUGUGAAUUCUAGCCAGGCUCAGGAGGUUACACUGGGCCUCACAUCUGAGCCUUUUAGGCCCAACAAGUCCUUUGGGGUGGUCCUUUGGGAAAUCACCAGCCUGGCUGAGCAACCUUACCAAGGCCUGUCUAAUGAACAGGUGUUGAAAUUUGUCAUGGAUGGAGGCUAUCUGGAGCCACCUGAUAAUUGUCCUGAGAGACUCACGGACCUGAUGCGCAUGUGCUGGCAGUUCAACCCCAAGAUGAGGCCAACCUUCCUGGAAAUUGUCAACCUGCUCAAGGAUGACCUCCACCCGAGCUUUCCAGAAGUUUCCUUCUUCUACAGCGAAGAGAACAAGGCUCCUGAGAGCGAGGAGCUGGAGAUGGAGUUUGAGGACAUGGAGAAUGUCCCCUUGGAUGGGUCCUCUCACUGUCAUAGGGAAGAGGCUGGGUGCCGGGAGGGAGGGUCCUCUCUGAGCAUUAAACGGACCUAUGACGAACACAUCCCGUACACCCACAUGAACGGGGGCAAGAAGAACGGGCGCGUGCUCACCCUGCCCAGGUCCAACCCUUCCUAACAGCACCUGCUUGGGGAAGAAUUCUCUCUUUUUUAAAACUCUUCUCUAGUUUGACCGCCUCCAGGAAACUCAGGAUUAUCAGGACUCCACCCAGAUGUGAAACUGAGCUCAGAGAUAGUUCAUACACGUUUCUGUUUGUCUUUUGACCUAAGUAUACACACGUGUGAUUGCCAACCCCCCCAGCCUGUGGAGGGCUAACUGUGAACCUAGAGGGGUUGGACUUUCCACGGCUACGCCCCUCCCAUCCACGGUUUCAAACCAGGAUUUGUUGUUGUUGUUGUUUUCUUCAUAGACUGAAAGAAUGCACCUGUUUUCUUGCUAGUGUCUGAGUUACAGUUAGUUGUCAAAGACAGAAUUUAUUUAUGGAGCACGAGUCGGAAAGCAAAGGAGAGACAGACAGAAAAAAGAAAAACCCAACUUGCAGAGCCCUGUUGUAGAAUUACAUGCUUUGCAGGGUUGGGCUUGAGAAGGUUUCAUUAAUCUGAGAGGAUUUUAUUUUAUUUUAGUUGUUUUUUUUCUCAUUCACAAAAUCAGUUCCUCAAAUUGACCAAUAGCUGCUGCUUUCAUAUUUUAUUUUGGGAAAGGGUGUGUAGUCCUAAGCGUGGGCUCGUGUACACGCCUGUGUGUGUUUGUGUGUGUGUUGUGUCCAGGCUAGAGAUCACAGAGUGGGGUGGGGUGGGGGUUGUUUGUGUGUGUGUGUGUGUGUAAAAUAGUAUCUGGACUGAUGCUUGGGGAAUUGGCUCAUGAAGCUCCUGCCGUUUGGAGUGGGUGAUCUCACCUUGUCUUUCCUCUUCAUUAACUCAGCGUCUGUGCCCUCCAGAAAAGCUUCUCAGUCAUGUCAGAAGUCUUGCUCAGGUGUCUUCUUUCCCUCCCUUUGACAGUGUUUCCCAAAACUGAGGGAGGACCGUUUGGUUUGGAUUCAUCAAGAGUGUGUGGAAGACCAAACAAAACAAAGCACACACACACACACACACACACACACACACACACACACCAUGGAAGUAGAAAGAAGUCAGAUGACAGUUUUGAGAAUAUAUUUGUAACAUAUUUAAUGCUUAAGGAAUCUCUGGCAUGAGCCUAAUAAGUUAUUAUUUCCUUGGGGGCAGGGGAAGUAGUGGGCACACCUGCCUGUGUGGGGAGACAGGACAACACAGGAGUGGCCUCUGUGUUUGGUCUUUGAAGCACACAUUUUUUUUCUGGGAAUUAUACCACAUUAGCUGCUAGCCCUUCAGGACAUGGUGAGGUCUUGUGGACUAUAUGGGAAACUGGAUUUUUGACUGGUUCUGCUAGCAAGAUGGACUGGAUGUUUCUUGCUUGGAUACACUGGUGGUUACCUGGAGCUGAGCUGACCUUUCAGAACACCUGUGUUCAUCUCUGGGUUUUUCUCUGCUUGUGUACCUCAGCUCUUCAAGGCCUACAUGUUGCUCAGUCAUUGUAUAAACACGGCAAACUCAUCCCAAAGACCAACGACACAGAUGGACUUUGAGAACACUAAGCAAUAUAUAAGGAGAUGUACCCUUGGGGUGGCUGUUGGUCUCCUCCACCCUUGGGGCAUCGGCUAUUCUCCACACUAAACCCCAGAGCUGCUCUUGGUGCCCAGGGGCCUCAGCUCGGGCAGGUGUGGUGCCUGAGUCUAUUAUUGCUCAGGUGCUUAUGUUGCAGUCGCUAGAGACUACAGCUUGGAGGAGACCACCUCAGACUUUCUUCCCACCGCCAAGAACUUGUGAAAGGUUGUGAACCCACAGCUUCUCCUCGUUGCAUAAAACCACAGCUGCUCAAGUAAAAGAAACAAACAGCCAUGGCGAACUCAUGGAUCGGGGCUCAAAAUCCUCCCACACAUUCUUCCCUGUGUGCAUUUCCCCACAAAUAUUUGAUACCUUUCUUCUCCUCUAGGAGAUGUGAGAUGAAGACACAAUGUCCACCUCAAAACCCAACCAAUUCUUGGUUGAAAACCCAAGUAGGCACAAAUCCUGAUUGCCAGUUGCUAUCAAAUUUAUAUUAGAAAAAUGACAGGUUUAAAAAUGUUACCAGGGAACUCAGUGAUUGGUACAAGAAGCAAGAGUCACAGUCAUUUUCACCCAAAUCACUUUGUAAAUAGAGGGUCUUUGCAUCAACGGAAGACAUGCAGGUCUGAUAUUUGUUGUUUAUUUUUCCUCUUCACAGUCAAUUUGUAGUGGUCAGAUGCUACACUAGCAGGAAUUUCCACAUUUUUCUAAUUCAAAAGGUUUUCUUAUAUUACUGGGGAAAGUAUUUAUUUUAAUAUAUAAAAUCACUCUUGAAAAUCACUUUUGUAAAAAAAAUGGUGUGCAUGUAAUUUUUUUUAUCAAGGAAAAAUAAAAACAGGUGAGUGUGGGUCAUGUUUUUAUUUCUCUCAGCACAGUCUACCUCAGUGUCUUGUUAGGAUGAGGUUCAGUAACAGACAUCGAGGCUUUGGAAUUCUGACUGGAUUGCUCUGAUUUGGGGAGCUGUGUACCGGUUGAUUUCUGAAUGCCAGGGACUAGGAGGGAUUUUGAGCGGGGGGGCAGGGGGAGUUGGGGUGAAAUUAGAGCCUUCCUGUGAACCCAGAUUCUUCUCUUGACUGAUAUUCUUCUGAGUGUAACCUUCUUAUAAAACCUGUUUGUUGAUGCACACUCCUCACACACAAGCCAUGCUUCAGUCUAUCUCGAUUUAGCCUCUCUGUGAGGCCCCUCACCUAAGGUCUUUUGAUGAGAGGUAAUGAAGCUGUGGACCAGCACCCGCAGCUGUCACAUGAAACCCCCCAGUCAUGAAUGUAAAGGCACUCUGGGUUCUCUGACCAUUGUUUCUCCUUACCCUUUUCAGACCUAUGAGGCUUUGGGUGUUUGUGGUCACUUUCUACAGAAAUAGUAUGAAGGCAUUUGGAGGAAAUGCUAAUCUAAAACCCAUCAGUCUCUUGAACAUAAUUUAAGCAAGAAAGUAGAAGCCCUAUGCUGGGAUUUGGUUGACCUCAAGCUGACAGUGUUUGGCCUUGUGCAGUUUUGAGAACUCUGGAAGUCAAGGCAAGGCCAACAUGGCCCCUGUUUUCAAGCUUCAUUCUUGUUUCACUUUCAGACACUGUCCUUGAGAAUUCACUCUUCUCCAUCUUCUCUAGAGAUAUGUACCAACUUGACCCUAUCAAAAAGGAGUUCACCAAUUCCAUCUUGAUGUCUACUGUUGCUGGGGAGGAAACAAGUAGCCAUAGGGUCACGGGUCUCAUUUUGGCUUCAGAAGAUGUUAGCUUUCUAAGAAAAGAACCUUGGGACCUAGAAUAUCAUGGCUAUCAGGAGAGUUUGUAGUGAUGGAUGAGAGAGAAAAAAAGCAACAAAACCGGCUUCAUUGAUGCUUUUUGUUGUGUAUUUUGGAAGAUGUCUCAUUAUUUUAAAACCCUUUUUAUGGUCAUGGUGAAAACCACACAGUCAUUUUCUUCCAGGAUAAGAGCAGACAUGUUUUCUGUCUGGUUCAAUGACAGCAACCACACACCAGGAAAUGUUCAUGCUCUUGGAGCCUUCCUUAUUCUUCCCCCUCGUUUGAAGCUAAUGGGAAGGGAAGAACAUUAAUGGUUUCCUGGAUUUAGGCUGAGCACAAUUUGGGAGAAUGUGGAGAUUGGAAGGAAGAGCGACAUGUCUGUUUCUGUGGCUGUUGGGAGUGAUGUCACCAAUACAAGCUCAGGUCCCCUUAUUAUCUUACCAGGACAGAUAGUCUACCAUGCAGAGUGAUUAUUGGGUUAAGGACUGUAAAUUUAUUUGAAGUCCACCAUAGCAUUGACCAAUGGGCAAGUCUGGUUCACAUUGACAAUCUUGGUAAAUGAGUGGCUGUCAUUCUAGCAAUGGUUUUCCUACUUCAUGAUUGGUGGAUGUGUUCUGGAUGCUAGCUGGUAAAUUCUUGAGAACAUAGACUCUUCAAAAAUUAUGGUUUUGUUAGACAUGGGAAGAGGAAAAUGCUGACUUUGUAUAAAUGGCACACAUAGGGUAGAGCCAUUUUAGAAAACGUUCCAGAAUGUUCUUCAGAAUGUGAAUUUACUCAAGAGAUGAGGUUGGGCAAUAGGAAUUACAGAUAAUCACUUGCUGUUUAAAUAACAUAAAAUAUGAUGGUCUUUUAAGAGGCCAUGGCUGAAUGGCCUAUUUAUCCUCAGGUGACCCUCAAGAGAUGAAGAUCAGUGAGUAUUUGAGCUUACUUGAUAACAAUCAAGGUCUAGAAUCAGUCUCUGGUUAAAUUUUUAUCUGUAUGUGGGCCACUGAAUAAACAAAAUAAAACAAAACAAAAAACUUGUUAAAAACUA